GACUCGGACACGAUCGUGUUCUAAAUAUCGUUUCGGACUUUCACUCUCAGCGUGUCAGAUACAGAGUCCUUCCCUCCUCGUGUGUGGACUGUGGCGGGAACUCAUUUUGCUAGUUUGCUUCCUCUCUCUCUCUCGUUCCCAUUCAACGCAAUGUACAGGGUAGCCACAAGAAACGUCGCCGUUUUCUUCCCUCGUUGCUGUUCCCUCGCGCACUACACUCCUUCUCUAUUUCCCAUUUUCACUUCAUUCGCUCCCUCUCGUUUCCUUAGAAUAAAUGGAUGUGUAAAGAAUGUGUCGAGUUAUACGGAUAAGAAGGUUUCAAGGGGGAGUAGUAGGGCCACCAAGAAGCCCAAAAUACCAAAUAACGUUUUAGAUGAUAAAGACCUUCCUCACAUACUGUGGUGGAAGGAGAGGUUGCAAAUGUGCAGAAAGUUUUCAACUGUCCAGUUAAUUGAAAGGCUUGAUUUUUCUAAUUUGCUUGGCCUGGAUUCCAAUUUGAAAAAUGGAAGUCUGAAGGAAGGAACACUCAACUACGAAAUGUUGCAGUUCAAGUCAAAAUUUCCACGUCAAGUAUUGCUCUGCAGAGUUGGGGAUUUCUACGAAGCUUGGGGAAUAGAUGCUUGUGUGCUCGUUGAAUAUGCUGGUCUAAAUCCCUUCGGUGGUCUGCGAUCGGAUAGCAUUCCAAGAGCUGGUUGUCCUGUUGUGAAUCUUCGACAGACUUUAGAUGAUUUGACACAAAAUGGUUUUUCAGUGUGCAUUGUGGAGGAAGUUCAGGGCCCAACUCAAGUUCGAUCAAGAAAACGCCGCUUUAUAUCUGGGCACGCUCAUCCUGGAAAUCCUUAUGUAUAUGGACUUGCUGCAGUUGAUCACGAUCUUAACUUUCCAGAACCAAUGCCUGUAGUAGGAAUAUCUCAUUCUGCGAGGGGUUAUUGCAUUAAUAUGGUACUAGAGACCAUGAAGACAUAUUCUUCUGAAGAUUGCUUGACAGAAGAAGCAGUUGUUACGAAGCUUCGUACUUGCCAAUAUCAUUACUUAUUUUUGCAUACAUCCUUGAGGCGGAAUUCUUGUGGAACCUGCAACUGGGGAGAAUUUGGUGAGGGAGGGCUAUUAUGGGGAGAAUGUAGUUCUAGACAUUUUGAUUGGUUUGAUGGCAACCCUGUCUCCGAUCUUUUGGCCAAGGUAAAGGAACUUUAUAGUAUUGAUGAUGAGGUUACCUUUCGGAACACAACUGUGUCUUCAGGACAUAGGGCUCGACCAUUAACUCUUGGAACAUCUACUCAAAUUGGUGCCAUUCCAACAGAAGGAAUACCUUCUUUGUUGAAGGUUUUACUUCCAUCAAAUUGCAAUGGAUUACCAGUAUUGUACAUAAGGGAACUUCUUUUGAAUCCUCCUUCAUAUGAGAUUGCAUCCAAAAUUCAAGCAACAUGCAAACUUAUGAGCAGUGUAACGUGUUCAAUUCCAGAAUUUACAUGUGUUUCGUCAGCAAAGCUUGUAAAGCUACUUGAAUGGAGGGAGGUCAAUCAUAUGGAAUUUUGUAGAAUAAAGAAUGUACUGGAUGAAAUUUUGCAGAUGUAUAGUACCUCUGAGCUCAAUGAAAUAUUGAAACAUUUAAUCGAGCCCACAUGGGUGGCAACUGGGUUAGAAAUUGACUUUGAAACCUUGGUUGCAGGAUGUGAGAUCGCAUCUAGUAAGAUUGGUGAAAUAGUAUCUCUGGAUGAUGAGAAUGAUCAGAAAAUCAACUCGUUCUCUUUUAUUCCUCACGAAUUUUUUGAGGAUAUGGAGUCUAAAUGGAAAGGUCGAAUAAAAAGAAUCCACAUAGAUGAUGUAUUCACUGCAGUGGAAAAAGCAGCUGAGGCCUUACAUAUAGCAGUCACUGAAGAUUUUGUUCCUGUUGUUUCUAGAAUAAAGGCUAUUGUAGCCCCUCUCGGAGGUCCUAAGGGAGAAAUAUCUUAUGCUCGGGAGCAAGAAGCAGUUUGGUUCAAAGGCAAACGCUUUACACCGAAUUUGUGGGCUGGUAGCCCUGGAGAGGAACAAAUUAAACAGCUUAGGCAUGCUUUAGAUUCUAAAGGUAGAAAGGUAGGGGAGGAAUGGUUUACCACACCAAAGGUCGAGGCUGCAUUAACAAGGUACCAUGAAGCAAAUGCCAAGGCAAAAGAAAGAGUUUUGGAAAUUUUAAGGGGACUCGCUGCUGAGUUGCAAUACAGUAUAAACAUUCUUGUCUUUUCUUCCAUGUUGCUUGUUAUUGCCAAAGCUUUAUUUGCUCAUGCAAGUGAAGGGAGAAGAAGGAGAUGGGUCUUUCCCACGCUUGUAGAAUCCCAUGGGUUUGAGGAUGUGAAGUCAUUGGACAAAACCCAUGGGAUGAAGAUAAGUGGUUUAUUGCCAUAUUGGUUCCACAUAGCAGAAGGUGUUGUGCGUAAUGAUGUUGAUAUGCAAUCAUUAUUUCUGUUGACAGGACCGAAUGGUGGUGGGAAAUCAAGUUUACUUAGGUCAAUUUGUGCUGCUGCACUACUUGGGAUAUGUGGACUCAUGGUUCCUGCAGAAUCAGCCCUAAUUCCUUAUUUUGACUCCAUCACGCUUCAUAUGAAGUCAUAUGAUAGUCCAGCUGAUAAAAAGAGUUCCUUUCAGGUUGAAAUGUCAGAACUUCGAUCCAUCAUUGGCGGAACAACCAACAGGAGCCUUGUACUUGUUGAUGAAAUAUGCCGAGGAACAGAAACUGCAAAAGGGACUUGCAUUGCUGGUAGCAUCAUUGAAACCCUUGAUGGAAUUGGGUGUCUGGGUAUUGUAUCCACUCACUUGCAUGGAAUAUUUACUUUGCCCCUAAACAAAAAAAACACUGUGCACAAAGCAAUGGGCACAACAUCCAUUGAUGGACAAAUAAUGCCUACAUGGAAGUUGACAGAUGGAGUUUGUAAAGAAAGUCUUGCUUUUGAAACGGCUAAGAGGGAAGGAAUUCCUGAGCAUAUUGUUAGAAGAGCUGAAUAUCUUUAUCAGUUGGUUUCUGCUAAGGAAAUGCUUUUUGCAGAAAAUUUCCCAAAUGAAGAAAAGUUUUCUACUUGCAUCAAUGUUAAUAAUUUGAAUGGAACACAUCUUCAUUCAAAAAGGUUCCUAUCAGGAGCUAAUCAAAUGGAAUUUUUACGCGAGGAAGUUGAGAGAGCUGUCACUGUGAUUUGCCAGGAUCAUAUAAAGGACCUAAAAUGCAAAAAGAUUGCAUUGGAGCUUACUGAGAUAAAAUGUCUCAUAAUCGGUACAAGGGAGCUACCACCUCCAUCGGUUGUAGGUUCUUCAAGCGUCUAUGUGAUGUUCAGACCAGAUAAGAAACUCUAUGUAGGAGAGACUGAUGAUCUCGAGGGACGGGUCCGAAGACAUCGAUUAAAGGAAGGAAUGCAUGAUGCAUCAUUCCUUUAUUUUCUUGUCCCAGGUAAAAGCUUGGCAUGCCAAUUUGAAUCUCUGCUCAUCAACCAACUUUCUGGUCAAGGCUUCCAACUGAGCAAUAUAGCUGAUGGUAAACAUAGGAAUUUUGGCACUUCCAACCUGUAUACAUAACUAGUCUAUAGACAUUGAUAUUAUCUACCUCAAUCGCGUAUUUUUGCCUCUUUUAAAUGGCUCAAAGACUUCAAUCAUCGAUGUUAAGUUUAGGAAACAAUGUCUGCAGCAUUUUUGUUAGAAUUAGUUGCUGCAGCUGCAUUUAUGUCCACAUCUUCAAGUGUGGAAAUUCUUGUUCAUUAGCUUGUAAGUACAAAAGUGUUUGUGUACGUUUGGAGUCCCGAGAGAAUAUACAAGUACAAAUGAACAAAUAUAUUAGUAAUGAAUGCACUAGACAAAUUUCUCGGCAUUUGGCUCGAGUGGAAUUUGAUCA